AUGAAUUACUUGGUGGGAUCACUAAUUAUAUUGGCUAUAUGUCACGUGAGGACUGAUGUCAAUGAUAUAUGGAACAGUUUUAAGACAAAUGGCGGCAAAGUAAACAAAACAAAUCUUUUUAUUCAAUAUGAAAAACUAUGCCCAAUUCUUAAUGGAAGAUAUGCAUGGAAGAAAGAUAAGAAUUUAACGGUUCAAAAAGGGGAGUGUUUACUUGAAAAUUGUAAAGAUACGCUGGAAUGCCAACUUCUUGACAACUGUUGUCACACCAGUUCCUUUGGAUAUUUAGCAACAUCUUUGUUUGAUCCAUCGGUUUAUCCUAAGCAAGGUGUAUAUCAACAUUAUCUACUAGUCGACCAUUGUCCAUACGAUAUUAUUGAUGAAAUAAAACUGAAGUGUGAACGUUUAGGAACGAGCCCUGUUACUUCAAUAAACACUCUAAUUAUUUACAAAAAUUCAUUUUGCGCACAUUGCCACGGCGAGCCUGAUACGAUCGACUGGAAACUUGUAUUUGAUUGUCCAAACGCAAAUCGAGCACAAACCCGAUUUAAUCUUCUCAACGAUUGUUUCAUACUGUAUAAACCUCAAAGCCCGCACAGACCUCCAAGUUUGGUUCCCAGAGAGUUUAGUAAUCUACGGUUGCAUAAAUCACCUUUAAUCUCUAAGUGCAACGUAACGGGUUUAUGGAAACACUUUGAUAAUGAUAUUGACUGGGCUUGUCGAAGAUUUAACAGAGGGUAUAAACACUUUAAAAACCUAUAUUGUUACAUCUGCAACCCAAGCGUCGUUUCCACUCGAUCUGUAGACAAGAAAUCACUUAUAAGUACAUGUAAUGAGGGUUCUCCACAAGGUGAUGAACUUAAUCAAACCAAACUGUUAUCUCAAACUAAUUCUUCAAUACCGGAAAUGUGCAAAUCCUCUGAUAUUGAGCCUCGACUGAGUCCAUAUAGAAACGCAUACUGUCUGUCGUGCAAUGAUAAACUGACUGAACAUAUUUACUCAAACAUAGGAAAAUUUGAAAUAAUUGGCUCUGGUGCCAAAUCCUUUCUGUUACAAGUAACACUUGCUAAUGAAAUCAAUAGCAAAUUUACAGCCGAUGCUUUUAGAAAAAGAGUUGAGAGUCUCUUGAAACUUUUUGUUAAAGACACGAAGAAGGUAAACGUUCCUGCUAAAACUGUUGUUGGUGAAAGAGAUGGAAUAAAGAGAGUAAACAUCAAAAACCAACAAACAUUGACUAAAGACUGGUCUAAAAUGUGUCCAUUUGAUCCGGUCUGCUCUGGAUCACAUCAUGAUUUAAAUAUUACAAUAUGGAAAAAUAGAUGUGUACCAUACUGCACUUGUAACCAAACUUGUCUGCUUUCAAAAACUCUGCAAUGUUGCUUCGAUAAAUACCUACAAUAUAAUGUACACUCAUGCCUUCAAGAAUCACAUUUCCCUGUCCUCAUCAACCCCGAUAUUGAAACAUCUGAUGAGGAGAUAAGUCAAAUAGUUGUAGACAAAUGUCUCCCUGGAAUUGAAGACAACAAUUACAAACUUAAGUGCAGCAGUGACGAUGAUUCUGACUAUUUGAUAAACAUUCCGGUAACAACAAGCGACACAUCUCUGCUACCAUUUAGGAAUAUAUACUGUGCUUUAUGUAAUGUCGAUGUAAACGACGUAAGCGACGUUAACGUAUACCUGAGAGCGCGAUGUAAACAGUUUUUAGAGAUAGAACUACUUCCAACUGUUCCAGAUGUCAUAGAGGCAAUUAAAUAUCACGAUUGUAAAGUGACAUUUGCAUUGAAUGACCGUUUAUUAAGGUAUGAUGAAUGCACAUUAAAUACUGAAACCAUUGUACAGAAGAAACUAGAUUUUGUUUGCCUUCAUGACUCAAUAUCAACAGGCAAUGGACAAGAUAUUGACAAAUUAUGUAACGACAAUGAAUUACCAUUUGUAGUUAAUUCUAUGUCGCGUAAAUAUGUACAGUGCGAUACUUGCAAUAAACUCCUCGAACGGAGGUACACGAGAAUAAGUACACUUAUCCAAUGUAGAAGUCAUAAUGAUUCGACCAUAUGGAAUGAGUAUAUGUGCUUUGUUGAAGAUGAUGUCUGGCUGGAGUACGCUCGAACUGGUUCAAACUUUAAAGUAUUGAACAGUUACAGAAGCUUGUUCAACAUUAGGAACCUCGAUUUUGAGCGUCUAAAACAGAUAGAUUACAAAGAAUGCCGACAUGGAACAUUUGACAUUGAAAUGGGUUUAUGUAGACGUCUGUACUGUAGCAGUGGUCGACUUCUUGAAAAUGACACAUGUACCAAUGUGUUUGAAUCUGUUAUUAACACCACAUUCCUGCUACGUUUGACCCUCAAGCCAUGUGAAUGGAGUAUGCAUGAAACGGAAAUAGGCAUAGGCCAUAGAAAGCUUCCAAUAAUAGAUAAAACUAUGGAAAUAAGAACUGAAAGCAUUUGCCAAGGCAUGUACAAAGUUGUUGAAGACAUUUUGGGAAAUGAAACUGCGUCUUCGUAUAUGCAUUGCAGCGUUAAGGUAUACAAUUGUACAGCAAAAACACACAACAUGCACGAUGAUUUUGAUGUUUUCAAAAUUUCACAAAAUACCAGAAUUGAUGUAAAUAUCAGUGUAAACGUAAAGUUGUCCAGCCAAAAAUCUCACAUUGAAACGCAGUUGUACUAUCUAACGCAAACGCGCAUGUUCCGAGUAACUCCGGAAGUUUUAUGUCCUAGUCCUCAAACGUUUGUCAAAGAUAGUUUACUCUGUAGUGAACAAUCUCUCAUCAUCCCAAAUGAUACGUAUGAGUAUGAUAAUACAAUUUACUACCCUGUUAACGUAAAGAAAACACUUUUUUGCCCUCAUGUUAAGAUCAAAGUUACCAAUACAUCAAUUGAUAGAACAUCUGGGAACAUUGUGUUCAAUUAUCUCAGUCAUGAACUAUCUGUCCCUAUUGAUAGUGUUGAAACCGUCAAUACAAUCAACGUGCAAACAACACUAUGGGUGUGUAAGAAUGACGUACACUUUCCCGAGCAUAUACACGUAUAUCAAAGGCAAGGAAAAGACCUAGAGAAAGCAUAUUUCUUAUUCAGUACAAGUUGCAAUAUUGUCUCAUUGCUAAGUCUUACUGUUACCUUACUAACUUACUCAAUGUUGAAGGUUUUGCGGACUGUCCCUGGCAGAAACAAUAUGAACUUGGCAUUUUGUCUUUUGUUAGCUCAGGCAAGUCUUCAGUUUCCUCACGAGUCUCCAAGUUCAGACUCUAGCGGUCCAACUAUUCAAUGUCAAGCAGUAGGUGUGUGCGCUCACUAUUUUUGGCUUGCUACAUUUUUUGCUUUAAAUGUUUGCUCUUUUCAUAUGUAUAAAGUAUUUUCGGGACGGCUAAUGCUUACCCAAAGCCAAACAAAAUCAGUUUUUCCUAAAUAUACAAUUUAUGUGUAUGGGAGUCCCUUUUUGGUAAUAUUAGCAGUCCUAUCGGUGAAUAUGGCAGCUCGUGGUAUUACCGGAUAUGGUCUCUACCGUUGCUUUCUGGACGACUUGUACUACGUUAUCGUCACAUUCGUGUUGCCCUCUUGUUUGAUUUUUGUGUCAAAUACAAUUUUUUACGUAAAAACUUUUUAUAUUAUCUAUAAUUCACCAACACUUCGCUGUAACUUGGAAGAGCGCAGUACAUUGGCAAUCUAUGUCAAGCUUUGUACAUUAACGGGUAUGACAUGGCCUUUGUUGUUUAUUGACGCUUUAUUUCCAUUGUCUGUGUUUUCUUUCAUUGCGACAUUCACAAAUGCGAUGCAAGGUUUCUUUAUUUUCAUUUCUUUCACAUGUAACAGGCGUGUCUUAAAUUUGUACAAACGUUCCCUGUCAGGAAAACAAGAAACGAAUACUGUAUCAAAUAAUCUAGAUACUUUGAGCAGAGGUCAGUCUCUGAAAAGGUCACAUCAAUAAAAGUUUUUGUUCGUCAAAACGAUUUCUGUUAAUGAUUGUUUUUGUUU